AUGGUCUACUGGAGCCUCCAACAAAACUACAUGUUCACCGAAAUGCGCUCCGUCCUCAACAUCCCCAAAUCAACAGACAUCCUCGACCACAUCCACUCCCUCCCCGAACCCGCCCAAUCCACCGCCCAACAAUCCAUCCGCGACAUCGAAAGCAAAGCCAUGACCCUCCAACAACCCCAACCAGGUCUCCUCCCCCUAAUGACCUACCUCACAGCCAAAUCAAUCCCAAAGGGCAUCUGCACCCGCAAUUUCGACGCUCCGGUUGCGCAUCUGCUGGAUAAAUUCCUGGUCGGCCAGACGUUCAGUCCGAUUGUUACGAGGGAGUUUAGACCGCCGAAACCGGAUCCCGCUGGUAUCUUGCACAUCGCUAGGUCUUGGGGUCUCGUGAAAGAGGAUGGGCAAGCUGAUGCGAGUGGAUUGAUCAUGGUAGGUGAUAGUCUGGACGACAUGACGGCUGGUUUCCGGGCUGGUGCAGCGACGGUGCUCUUGGUUAAUGAGCAGAAUGCGCAUCUGGCGACACAUGAACAUACAGAUUUGUGUGUGGGGAGGUUGGAUGAGUUGGUUGGGGUUUUGGAGGAGGGGUUUGAAGGGAGGAUUUGGGGAGGGGGAGGAGGGUGGGGAUUUGAAGGGGAGGGCGGAGGGGGUGCUUGA